AUGGGUAGACGUAUAGACAUUUUGUUGUUGCUGGCUAUUGGCGUGUUUGGUAUCGUCAAUGGAGCGGCUGUUCCAAAAUCACCAUCCAUGUCCACUAAGGACACGAACGUGCCGAUGAACUUUACCGCCGAUAUCAUUCUGAGAGAUGGAUACUUUCUCGAGCAGCACGAGGUAACGACGGCCGAUGGUUACAUCCUAACGAUGUUCCGCAUCCCAGGAAGUCCUGCAAACCCGAUACGCCAGGGCAAAAACGUAGCCUUCCUGAUGCACGGUCUGCUAAGUUCCUCUGCAGAUUACGUUAUUUCCGGACCGGGGCGUGCCCUUGCCUACAUGCUGGUGGAUGCAGGGUACGAUGUGUGGAUGGGAAACGCUCGUGGCAAUACCAACUCUCGCCGUCACAUCUUCCACGAUCCGGAUGCGCGCAACACCAACUUCUGGGACUUUAGCUGGCACGAAAUCGGUUACUUCGACCUACCCGCCAUGAUUGAUUACACACUCGCGUACACUGGUCACACGACGCUACACUAUGCGGGUCACUCACAAGGUACGACCUCGUUCUUCGUGAUGGCAUCAUUGCGCCCGGAUUACAACAAGAAGAUACGCUCGAUGCAUGCCCUAGCACCAGUUGCUUUCAUGAGCAACCUGCGGUCCCCGUUCGUGCGUGCCUUUGCCCCGUUUGUGGAUCAGCUCGAGUGGAUAAUGAAUAUGUUGGGUGUGAACGAGUUCCUGCCGAGCAACGAUAUGAUGAUAAUGGGUGGUCAACGACUAUGUGAAGACGAAUCACCGUUCCAGGAGGUGUGUGCCAAUGUGUUGUUCCUGAUUGGAGGUUUCAAUUCGCCCCAGCUUAAUCGAACCAUGAUACCGGCUCUGCUUGAGAAUGCUCCUGCAGGUGCUUCGGUUAAUCAGCUGGUACAUUACGCACAGGGGUACAACUCUGGACGUUUCCGGCAGUAUGAUUUUGGUCUCACGCUUAACCUCAUCCGGUAUGGAUCGAUCCGUCCGCCAGAUUAUCCACUGCAUCGGGUGACGGCUCCGGUGGCACUGCAUUUUAGCGACAAUGAUUGGCUGGCGGCCGUGUCGGACGUACGCGAGCUGCACGGACAAUUGUCCAAUUCAAUUGGGCUGUUCCGUGUGUCUGAUCCGCGCUGGAACCAUCUCGAUUUCGUCUGGGGUAUCGAUGCCAACACGUUCCUGUACGAACGGGUGAUUAGCUUUAUGGAUCGAUACAACUGAUAGCGUGGCAAUC